UAAAUUUUAACCUCUGCUCUAGAAAUGUUUUCUAGAUCAUAGAAAACUGUGACUUUUAUUUGUUUAAUGAUACGUCACAUGUGUCAUUCUGGACUGUCCCGUGGCAUAAUAAUAUAUACACUUAUAACCACGUGUCUUCAUGUUUACCUGAUACAUUCUUUUUUUGACAGAUUUUUAAAUAGUUCAUAUAGUUUAUUUACUAUAGUAUGUAAAGCAAUGGACGUUAGUGUAUGUGAUUAUUCAGUGGAGUACGAUAUUCUAUAUGAUAAGGAAAGACGGGACUGUCAUUUCAAUGAUGAAAGAAAAUCUGUAGUUGACCUAUAUACCCCAGAAAUCAGCGGAGAACAUCAAGAGGUUCCUGUGGUGCUGUUUGUUCAUGGAGGUGGAUGGAGACGUGGUGACAAAGCUGCAUGGAAGUAUUAUCUGAGUCGUGAUAUAAACUUACUGGCUGCCAUUAUUUAUGGCAUCUUUGGACUAUAUGGAAAUGUUGGAAAGGCUUUAGCACGUCGAGGAAUUGCCUGUGCUGUUAUGUCUUAUCCAUUGACUAAAUUGUCAACAGCUUGGUUACUGUUUGAACUAACUACUUCAUACAUUUCUUCUUUAGCAGUAUUAGUCGCUUUAUUCGGAAUCUUGGCUGCUAUUGUAUGGCCCAUUGGAAGUAUUUUAUCAUGGAAAUUCGUCGCUGGACCGAUACAACCAAGUACUAUAGUUUUAGCGGUUACAUUUGUAACGAAUAUGUUUAUAUUGACAAUUAUUAGCGUCCAAUAUAGAUAUCAUAAACUAUCCCGGUUCCAAGUUGUUCUUAUUUGGACAGUGUUAAUAGUUUUUACGUUAUCAGGGCAAAAAGAGUAUUUUCUCAAUUUUGCGACUGUAGUUACAUUCUUAAUUGGUCAAGUUAUUUUAUUAAACACGAAUCUUCAAGUUCAGCACCUUAAUCUUGAUCAACAAGUUGAAGCUGUGGUUAAAUGUAUAAAGAAAAUUCAGAACAUUGGUAAUCAGACGAGAAAAUUUAACCCUACAGACAUGUUCCUGAUGGGUCAUUCUGCCGGAGGUCAUCUAUGCUCUAUUGCGGCUCUCCAUGACUAUAACUUUAUAAAGCAGGGCAUUUCAAAAGCUGACAUCAAGGGAGUUAUCACUAUUUCAGCAGUUCUACAGAUCAGUCUCAUGAAUACAACGUUUACAAGACCACUCUACCUCCAUCCAACUUUUGGAAAUAAACCAGAUGGAUGGUUGAAACGAUGUCCAUCUCAAAGUUUGAUAGAGAAUACCGAAUACAUACCGCCAUUCUUGAUUGUGACAGCAGAGAGAGACAUCAAUCUCAUUAAAGAUGGAGCAGUUGAUUUCAACAGGCAAAGUAACCAGUUAAAUGAAGGGAUGUCUGAUCACGUGAUCUUUCCAGGAACAAAUCAUACUUCUAUCAUAUGUAAUUUUGAUAAAACAGUGAAGAAUUUAAACUUGGCUGAUCUUUGUAGCAAUUUCAUUAAAAACUCGGUCAUCUGACAAA